UGCCACGCCGGUUGCCGGCGCCUCCGCCCGUGUCAGCGCGUGCCCGUUCGCCGAAUGUUCGCGAACUCCGCGCUCGUCAACUGUCAGUGCGUUGCGGUAGGCUUCCGAUUCGAACGUUAGUGCGUAAUUUUUUUUACUAACCCGUCUAGUGAUAGUGUUUUGUAUCGUGUAUCAGUGCUUGUAUAACCAGUUAUUAACGCAAUUGCCAAAUAUAAUAAUAGUGGUAUAAUCAAUUGCACUGUGAUCGCCUCGAUCGGCGUUAAAGUAGUGUUUAGUCAACAAUAAGUGCUUGUUUACCAAAAUAUUUAUACAUAUAACCAAUUAAUAUAGAAAUCAGCCUUAAAACUAGUGUCACCUUAAAGGACCAACAUUUUGUAACCAAUUUUGAUAGUGGACGCCUUAAAUUUUUUACCUAGUGCAAAGUGCAUAUAAGUGAGUUUUAUUAAGAUUUUUUCGAAGAAUUAUAAUGACAUAUCGGUGUGAAUUUCGGGUGUUAGUGAAUGGUUUGUGGGGGUCAAUGUUGAGAUAAGUGACAGUUUGAGAAGCGCUGUCGUCAUGGAGCGGUGUGAUGGAUUUCUCGUGUACCGUAAGCCUGUCUACAGGGUGUUCCAGUAUUUGGAUACGUAAGAGCAAGUCCUUACCCGCAUGGCAUGCUAAGUAAGCGAGUAACAUUCUCAUUGCCACGCCAUGAACCUGAGGGCGGCGGGCGUUGCGCGGACGGGCCGCUAGCGCGCGCGAUGCAGCCAGCGCCGGCCGGCUCGCCCAAGCGGCAUCCUAGUGCGGUGACACAGGCAGGCACAGCAGCCGGCGACCAGUCCACCCUCAAAGUCCAUUUUCCCAACGGAGGGUUCAACGUAGUCCGGGCGUCAGCUGAUGACGAUGUCAGAUCAGUGCUGCGGCUGCUGGCUGCGAGACUGGCCGCUGGAGACAGGGUGUACGCCAAUUGCUAUGCGCUGCGGGCACGGAGGCUAACCACUGGCAAGAUCCGAUGGAUCCACCAGGACACGCCAGUGUCGGAGCUGCUCAGCAAAUGGCCGGCGAGCGAGUGGAGGCUGGAGCUCAGGGUGCGGUACCUGCCCGCCAACCUGCGGGAACUGUGCGAAGCGGACCGCGUCACUUUCCACUACUAUUACGACCAGUUGCGACACGACUACCUCAAUGCCAAUCAUCCUAUGGUAGACCAGGAUUUGGCUAUACAAAUAUGCUGUUUAGAAAUAAAGUACUUUUGUAAGGAUAACCAGAUAUCCCUGGACAAGAAGUUCAACAUCGAAUACCUGGAGAAAGAGUUCGGCCUACACAAGUUCCUGCCCAAAUCUGUGCUCGAAGCGAUCAAACCCAAAGUGCUGAAGAAGGCAAUACAGCAGCAAUUUAAAAAGGUGGCGACGCUGGGCGAGGCGGAAGGCAUGCUGCGCUUCGUGCAGACGCUGCACGCGCACCUCGGGUACGACCGCGAGAGCUUCACGGGCGCGCUCGGCUCCGAGUGGGCCAUCCCCGUCGAGCUCGCCAUCGGGCCCGACAUCGAUAUAUCGUACGUUUCACACAAGGCAGGCGAGCCAGCGACAUAUUCAAAAAUAGCAUCGUUCUGCGACAUAGUAGCCGUGCAAACCCUAAAGUCUAACUGUUCGCAACAAUCACAAACACAGAGUGGAUCUUGUGGCAAAGCAGCGCUUCAGUUGAGAGUGAAAGGAGCGACGGAAACGCUAACGAUCACAUGCAGCAGUGUCGAGGCUGCAGAAAGUUUAGCGGAUCUAGUGGACGGCUACUGCAGACUGGUGACCGACUCACAGACCUCACUAUGGAACAGAACCACAACCGUUUGGAAAUCACUCCACUGUCAAUGCAAAACGGCGGAAAUGAGCAGCAGUUCGUCCGAAGGCAAGACCAGUUCGUGGGAGGCGAACACCGCCACCCUGCUGUCUGAAGACUACGCUGAGAUUGUGGACGACGACGCUGACUACUCCACGCCAGCUGUACGUGACUAUGAGUUGGUGAGGAAUCAGAUUGAACUGACUGGCAUCAUCGGUGAAGGACAGUUUGGUGAUGUUCACAAAGGUACCUGCCGAGUGACGUCAGCGAACCAUCCAUCUUUACGAAGACAACUAGCGCAACAAAAACAACAAGGCAAAUGUUCCGGCGGAGAGUAUAUAUUACCUGUGGCCGUCAAAACUUGCAAGAUGGACGCCGAUUUGGACACCGCCGAGAAGUUUCUCGAAGAGGCUUAUAUAAUGCAGCAGUUCUCUCACCCGCACAUCAUCGGGCUGGUGGGGGUCUGCAGCAGCCCCCCCAUCUGGAUCGUCAUGGAACUGGCCACUCUUGGGGAAAUGAGGGCUUAUCUACAGCAGAACGCUAGGAGAUUGGAGACGUGCACACUGGUGCUGUACAUCUACCAGCUGUCGACGGCGCUCAGCUAUCUGGAGAGCAAGAAGUUCGUGCACAGGGAUAUAGCUGCCAGAAAUGUUCUUGUCUCCACACCUACCUGUGUCAAGCUUGCAGAUUUCGGCCUAUCCAAGAUGGUGGACGACAAAUCGUACUACAAGGCGUCGCGCGGGAAACUGCCCAUAAAGUGGAUGGCCCCGGAGUCCAUCAACUUCCGGCGGUUCACUUCCGCUUCUGAUGUCUGGAUGUUUGGUGUAUGUAUGUGGGAGAUCCUUAUGUUAGGGGUGAAGCCCUUUAUAGGGGUGAAAAACAAUGACGUCAUCGGAAAACUAGAGAAUGGCGAGCGACUGGCUCUACCCCCCAAAUGCCCCCCGAGAUUGUACUCAGUUAUGUCCAGAUGUUGGUCGUACGAACCUUCGCAACGGCCUACUGCGCAUAGCCUGAAGGAAACACUAUUCGAGAUCCUGCAGGAGGAGCGCAGCUCGGCGUGGGACACCAUGCGGCGCGAGAACAGACGCGUGGCCGCCGCCUCCUGGGGCGACGACCCGCCGCCCAAGCCCACGCGUCCGCCCACCAACCUCUCCGCAGCGGUGGACGCAAACCCAGCGCAAUCCGUCGGCGCGGCGCCGCAAACCUACAUCGUGGCGCAGAACCCGCUCGUCCUUGCUCACCUUCUACGGGAGAACCAGUCCCGCGCCAUCGACCCGCAGGCGUACACCACCCCCGCAUCGGUAUUCAACACUGUCGCCGUCGACUUCGCCGAAACUCUACCGGAAAACGAGCAAAUCGUCGACAAAAUUAUAAACGAUGAAAGUGUCGAUAUUCCCUUACAAACCGUCCCUAUUCCAGUAGCGAGCCUUCAUAAGUUAGACCCCGUGGUACCAGAACAGACGGACGACACUUUGACGGUAGUCGUAGGCGCGAGUUGCGAUAAUCUGUGCCAGAAUCAGACUGUAUCCCCCCGCGCUGACGUCACCUCACCCCCGCAAGAUGCUGAAUCCACAGAACCGUACGCGAACAGAGUUCGGUCGCUCGAAAGGAACACUAGAAGCGCGUUGUCCACGGCCGAGAGGGCCCCAAUCAGAAUGGGGUCUUUAGAACGAAAUGCAAGGGGUAGUUUGUCCCAUAGGGGAUCCCCGGUCCCAAUAGCACCUUUUACGAGACAACACUCGGUCCCCGCUUCGCCCCCGCCGAGGAGUAGGAGAGAACAAGAUGUCGGCCAGUUCUCAGUCCAAGGCGCGAUUAACGCGCAAUUGGCCGCGAGCGUCGUCAACAAAAUGAGGCAUCAACCCGAACCGCCAUUGGUCGAGGAAAUAUACGACUUCGGCGGAGACAACGUCAAAAGUUGCGCCGCGAUCGCGGCCCAAAAAGCCAUGUCUAAACCUUACCGUCCUUCCGUUUCUGGCAUGUCAGUGUCUCAUCCUAACACUUAUGGAGUCCCAGUAGGAGUUGUUCAGGGCGUUCCGUACUCCCAAAGUCAAAAAUCUAAACAGCCCUUCAUAAGGUCCUCAAGUCCAGUCUACCCUCAAAUGCCGCAGAAUUACAUGCCCCAGUCAGGGCCGUCGUUCGUUCCUCAGCAAAUCUACAGCUCUCAGGUGGUGGGGGCGCAGCCGAUGCUAUUUAAGCCGCAGGCGACUCCUCAAUCGGCUCAGUCGACGGCCGUCUUCCGGCCGCAAUACACGGCCGCCGAUAGUUUGUACGCGUCGAGACAGGAAUGCUCAGCUCAAGUCCAGAGUCCAGAAUUCGACACGGAGCAAGCGGUGGAAAGGCGUCUGUUGGCUGAAUUAGCGAGACAACAACAUCAGAGCGAAGAGGAUAGAAUAUGGCUUCAAAAACAAGAAGAUAAUCUGAAGCGGCUAUCAAACAUGCAGUUGUCAACGGAGAGCGAGCAGAGCGAACCCAAACCUGAGACCGUCGAGACGCGUGCCUCUAGUCAACCGCCAUCAGGCACGAACUCUACAGAAACCAGUCCAGCUAACACAGUGAAUCCGAAAGACAGGCCUUCCAGUGAUGAUAAGACUCGGGGCGCUGGCACGGAGCCGGUGUACGCGCUGACGACGGGCGUGGUGCGCGGCGUGAUGCAGCUCGCGCAGGCCGCGCGUGCGCCGCCCGCCGCCGUGCUCGCCGCCGUGCGCGCUGUCGGCCAGGCGCUGCGCGCUCUGUGCGCUGCUGUCGACCUCGUCGUGGUGCCCUUCCCGCCGCAGGCGCAGCGUGAGGUGGAAAUGGCGCAUCAAGUGCUCAGCAAGGACAUGGCUGCGUUGGUCGAAGCGAUGCGGCUCGCUAUACAAUACGCCAACACCACGCUACACGAUGAAUACACCAAACGAAUGCUCGCGGCCGCACACGUGCUCGCGAUGGACGCCAAGAAUCUCCUCGACGUCGUGGACUGCAUCCGCGAGCGACACCCCCACAUCGACUGGCGCGCGGCCCUCCGCCCCGACGCCGCCCCCGCACCCGCCCCCAUCCCCCAAAACCAAACCCUCACCUCCCACAACCAAGCCUACGCUCCUCAAAACCAAACCUACACCCCCCAAAACCCAGUGCUUAGCAACCAAUCCUCUAUACAAGAAGAGGAGACACCAUCCCCGAAACCAGACUUCAAAAUCAACCAACCCGUAACGACCGGAAUAAACGUCACUGAACACCUACCGAAAGAACACAGCAGUCUCCCCGCCACUUCCAACAGAGUGUCCGCCUUGAUACAUAAUUACAAUCUGUACGGCAAUGUCAGGGAACCGCAACAUAUUUAUGGCAACACCGAAGUCGGCGGUUCUUUCCAGAAUUCCUCGUCCAGCAUCAGCGACGACGGCAAAGUCGAUGUGGCUCCGAUGGAGUCUGUCAAGAGCAGAGUCCAAGCCAUUUCUGGCAAAAUAGAUUCGCCCCCAAUCUACUCUGUCAGCAAAAAGAUGAUCCCUCUAGAUCCGAACAACGAUCAAGGGUGAAUGUUGCCAGCAUAAAAAAUUAGUUUGCUUGUAGUGGCAAUUUUUUUCACGGCGACUCCGCUGGUAUACAGCUUUAAGGCUAUGAACAGUAGAACGAAUAGUACUUACCGGGAUAUGCUCAUCAAACGACAGCAUUUAUAUUUUGUUGUGCCGCUUUAGAAAACGUAGUGCGAUUCAAGCUUUUUUUAAAAGACCUAUAAUGCUCAAUAUUCUAUGUAGCGAAUAGAUCAGUUAUCAUAAGUUCUCGAGCUAAAAAUCUCGUACAAAAUCAUACCCAUCCUGUCUUAAAACAUUUUAGAGAUCAUAACAUAUUUAUUCAUACAUUCUUGACUUUGAUCUCAAAGGUAUUGCUUGGUCCGUCAGUAAAACUAAGCUUUGAGUGUUGCCAAAUAUAACUUUCAAAUAUAACCGUUAAAUUCAAGAUCAAAGUCAAGUUUAUUAAAAUUUCACUUAACGAAUUUAUGUUGAUGUCGUUUUAGUGAUAAUAUCUAUUAACAUAUCAUCGGCAUUGUUGUGCUUCAAAAUGAUAUUCUCGUGUUGCCUAAUUAACAAAUAUUAUUCGACAUAACAUAUUUACAUGUUCAUUAAAAACUUUAUUGAUCAUUUAUUGUCAUCGAAAAAUUGUCAUUGCCACAAACUGCUGUCAUCAAUCGGUUGAUUUGUGAUAUUAAUGCCAAGAAACGACCUAAAUCACAUUACUUACAUUCAGCUUGCAUUACUACAUAAACACAUUCCUUAUAUUGCACCUAACGUGUAAGUUGUAAUUAUUUUCAUACAAAUUUUAUAUUUUUUGGUGUUAAUUCAGGUUUUAUACGGAACCAUUAUUAUAAGUGAAAAAUGAAUUCUUCCAUGCAACAAUAAAUCUAAAUACUUAAUCAUUUUGAAAUUAAUAUUUAAAAGUAUUAUUUUGUAAUCUAAAAUGUAUGUAUUAUUAUAUGUGUAUAAUUUGUUAAGUAACAGUCACAAGAUUUAACUCAUAGAUUUAACGACGUAAUUUAAUUGUUAAAUAUCUAAAUGCGGCCCUGUCUAUACUAUUGACACACCAAAACAAAAGAAAGUGACAGAAACCAGGCAGGGCCGCAAUAAGUUCAACAAUUAAAUUACAAUUAUGUAUGCUAUAACUUCGCAUUUAAUUUCUCAUUGACAGUGGAUUUGAAAAUUUACUUUGUAAAAAUGUACAAAAGGAUUAUUUUAAUUUUUAUCCAAAGUUUUAUUGUAAGCUUAGAUCUCAGUCGAUACUGUAGCGUUAGUGCUCCUCUGAAUGUUGCAGGCAGCUUUAGAUUUCAAAGAAGUGAUUGUCGAAUGAUGAUACCUAUUCGAUAUUUCUACCGAGUGGCAACUAUAGUUGCCAGCGUCGCUCAGAGGAUGAACGAAACAAAUUAUUUAUUGUCAAUUGAUUUGAUCUGUGUUGCCGGGUGUCAUUCCAAAUAUCUACAACGUAAGCGUCCGUAGUCCGAGUUAGCGCGAUUCCUAAUGAGUGGACCGGUUUUUGUUUAUGCAUAUUGAAUAAAGGACAGGUCAGAAAUCAUAA